UGGAGUCACACACACAGACACGCUCCCUGUCUCUUCUAACAGAAAUACCCAGCUCCGAAAUGAGAGUCUUCACUCCCUAACUGCCCUUAAAAUCCAGAACCUUCUUCUCACGGUCACAGCUCCGUCAUCUCCAUGCCGAUUGCCUCCAUUUCAAUCCUCCGCCACCACUCCCUCACCGUCACCGUCACUCCCCCAGCCUUCAACAACCUCCUCCGCCGCUUCGCCGCCGUCCGAUGCGUCCCUAUCGCGGCAGCAAAGCAGCACCAGAACCCUAACCUCACCAGAAAAUCACAGCCGCCGGACAAGAAGCUCCUCCGGGCGAAGCAGACCUUCAAGGACUACUCCUCCCUCGCUCCGAUCCUCUCUCCUCAGGACAAGCCUCCUCUCUCGGAGUCUCAGACCGUCGGCACCGUCGCCGCCGCUCAGGCGAACUUCAUGCGCGUCAUCGUCGAAGCUCCUGGAAGCCUCGAGAAGAGCGCGGACGGAACGGCGUCUCAGGUGGAGCUGCUGUGUGUGGUGAGGGCGCUGCUGAAGAAGAUAAAGAGGAGAGUGUUGGUUGGGGACAAGGUGCUGGUGGGGUCCAUUGACUGGGUGGACCGCCGGGGAAUGAUCGAGAAUGUGUACCGGAGGAGCUCCGAGAUUCUUGACCCGCCGGUGGCCAAUGUGGACCAUUUGCUUGUGCUUUUCUCUCUGGAGCAGCCCAAGCUCGACCCCUUCGCCCUCACUAGGUUUCUGAUUGAGGCUGAGUCUACUGAAAUUCCACUCACACUUGCUCUCAACAAGUGUGAGCUGGUAGACCAAGAGACAAUGGCAACAUGGAAGGCUAGGCUACAUAAGUGGGGCUACAAGCCACUUUUUUGCAGUGUUGAAUCUGAAUCUGGACUCGACUCCCUUGCUUCUAUUUUGAGAGAUCAAACUAGUGUAAUUGUUGGUCCAAGUGGAGUUGGAAAGUCUAGUCUGAUCAAUGCUUUAAGGAAUAGCGACCAUCAUGCUUUUGAUGCUGCAGACGCUGAUAAUCGGCUUGAUCCAAUUGUAGGCAGCAAGUGGUUGGAGGAUCAGCGUGUUGGACAGGUUUCAGUAAGAAGUGGUAAAGGGAAGCAUACUACUCGCCAUGUUUCCUUGCUUCCAUUGUCUGGAGGAGGGUAUCUUGCUGAUACUCCCGGGUUCAGCCAGCCUAGUUUAAUGAAAGUAACAAAGCAAUCACUCGCAGAAGCGUUCCCAGAGAUACAGAAGAUACUCAAUGACACUGAAGGUACAAAAUGUGCGUUUAGUGACUGCUUGCAUUUGGGUGAAAAAGGUUGUGUUGUUGGGACCGACUGGGAAAGAUACCCAUACUAUUUCCAACUACUUGAUGAGAUCAGAAUCAGAGAGGAAUUUCAGUUGAGGACAUUUGGAACAAAAAAAGAGGGUGAUGUAAGGAUCAAAGCUGGACAAGCUGAACCAAGGUUGGAGCGUAAGAAGCAUAGGAGAGUAUCACGCAAGCGUAUAAACCAAUCACUUCUAGAUGAGUUAGAUGAGCUUGAUGAUGACAACUUGCUAGACGAGGUAAACCAAUAGGACAAUGCGGACUCAAAACCGGCAGGAAGUUGCGUCAUAUCAAAACAUUGUAAAUAGCAAGUUCUACAUCUUGUUAGAAGAGGUUAGACUGAUGUCAGCUGUACAAAGUGAAACUAAUCAGAUCUCUGGGUUUUUCUCUUUUGUGAUAUCUGAUAUGUAAGCAAAUGCUUGUAAGUUGGCAGUGACUCAUACAGAUCAAUAAUCCUUAAACCUUGCUCUA